AGACACUCGAAGUCGGCACGCACUCAUCUUCUCAUCACAGAUUGCAGAAAGUCUCCGAUAGAGCUUCACUUUAGAAGAAAUUGUUAAAACAAUUCUCCCAGCUUCUAUCAACUCACUUUUCAAGAUGAAGCCGUUCUUUGUCAUCACUCUAGUUCUAUUUCCAUGUCUGUGUCUUGUUGGAGUCACCCAGGCCGUUGCUGUUUUAAAGGAAGGAACGCAAGAGGAAGCUUUUGACCCUGAAAACAUUCUAGAUUCAGGAAAACUGACCCAAACAGAAGAGGAUAAAAUCUCUGAAAUUAGAAACCAAGUAUUGUUCCUUCAGGAAUCCGUUGCUGAGAUCACCCGUUCCUUUUCAACUCUCGAGCUCGUGACGAAGAAUCCAUCAAUGAUGGCCAAGAUUCACAUUCCUGACUCUGUCGAGACCGAUCCUGAGCUGGGAGAACCUGAAAAGACACGACGUCGAAGGGAACUCGACUCGCCAUCGACUUUCCCGACAUCGGUCCCAUCAUAUGGCGCCCAGCAGCCUAGCCUGGGUCAGAACCCAUUCGGACCCUACUCAUGGCCUAUGUAUUCUGGUCAAUGUUUCCUGUGUCCUGCUGGUGUUCCUGGACAAAGGGGUCCUCUAGGGCCACAGGGGAAUGCCGGAAGGGACGGGAGAGACGGACGGGAUGCACCGACAGGUCCACAAGCUCAAGACACCCCCACUUCACCAAGUGACGAAACAAACCCAACUGAAUCCCGCGAUGAUGCGGUAGUGCGUCCAGUAGGUAACAUGACAAGUCUACCUGGUGUCAUCUAUACUCGCUGGGGCAACGAUGUAUGUCCCGAAGAUGCAGAACUCAUCUAUUCAGGUACUAUUGGAGGUGCACACUACACUCAUGCUGGUAGCGGCUCAAAUCAUCUCUGCAUGCCGGAAGAGCCUAUCUAUGACGAAGUAGAAACUUCCCUACACGGUGAACGAGCCCUAUUAUACUCCUCUGAAUACCAAGCCAGUACUUCUCCUUCACGCAUGCAACCAAUGCAUGACCAGACUCCGACCUGUGCAGUCUGCAGGGCGCCCUCUGGCCGCACCAGCAAACUUAUGAUUCCUGCCCGCAACGUGUGUCCUUCUCAAGAGUGGCGUUUAGAGUACGCUGGUUAUCUUAUGGCAGAAAAAUACGACCACAAGAGAUCGGAAUUUGUGUGUGUGGACCGAGAGAUGGUUUCUAAAGCGGGUACCCACGGGAAUCAGAAUGGUGCGCUGUUGUACUUGACAGAAGUUCGGUGUCAAGUGGGUGAUGGCUUGGAUUGUGGACCCUACAUCGAUGGUUACGAAAUUACUUGCGCCGUCUGUACUAUCUGAAGUCCUAUAUAAAUACUUCUUCAUUUUGUAUAUAACUUGGCACAGUUUUCAGUUCUUGCCAUGCUUUUAAUAUACCGUAAUUCCAUACACACAACGGGUCAAAACGUGUCUGAUUAAAUUAGCUUAGUUUGUAGACAUGUCUCUGAAUGUUGUAUAUCGCAUACAAUAGUCAUGAUGCAAAUUGUAUUAAUUAAUUUUUGCUAGCCUUGUCCUACCGAACAAUAUGUCUGAUAUUCGAAUUCUGACUAUUGAAAUAAAAUUAUUUGCAACAGGUGAAUAAGAUAUAUUGCAACCAUGGCACUUAACAAAGAUUUGCGCAUUAAAUUUGAUUACAUUACGAAUUUUUCUUUUGGCUAACUGUUUGGUAUUUGGAAAAUAUUUAAGAUCAUGUUGUUUGACGUUACACAUAACAUAUUGCAUUAACGCCUGCGUGGUUCGAUAGGGAAAAUGUAGGCAAAACGGUUUGCCAGAGGUAGGAUCGAACCCGGGGCCUCUCGCAUGAGAGUCAAGAGCCUUUAUCAAUUUAUAUCACAGUGCUUUCACUAUGUAUAUGGGUUCUGGUACUUUAAAUAAUAACAAGUAGUUAUAUUUCUGGUUUCUCUUAUUCCCACGUAUAGAAGAAGAUCACAUUUGCAGCUAAACGUUAAACAGAUUUAUCUUGAAAUGUCCCGUUACAGCUCGAAUAGAUGUA